CCAAAAAUAAAUGUGAUUGGUCUAGCAGAUUUUUGUUUCUAAACUCUACCAAAUUCGCUUGUACAACAGAAUAAAUCCGGUUCCGAUUCAUCUUAUAUUGACAGAGAAAAAUCAUCUAGAUCCAAUAAUGUAAUAUAUUCAAUGUUAUUUUCUUUGUUAUGAUCCACACAUUAUAAUGAAACGUUUAGUUACACAACUUAGAGUCGUGUAAGUAAACGUUUCAAUAUAAAUUAAUUUAUAUAAUUGUUUUAGUAAUCUUGCAUUUAUAUUAUUAUAAUAUUGUUAAUUAACCCACGGAGUUAUAACCUUAGGAGUUAAUGUGCACAUUGAGUAAUACCAUUGUCGUAGCGCCACUCACCAUUGACAUUCUGCCGUGAAUAGGCGCUACAAUCUGUGAUUGAUUGAAUAUAUUUCACUAUAAUUUUAUAUGUACAUAUAAAUACAUAUAUAUAUGGAUCAAUAUAUAUAUAUAUAUACAUAUAUAUAUAUAAGUUUUCGCUGAUUAUGAUGACAUUCUUUUGUUUUUCGUGUGCUACUGCUACAAAAGUGUUAUUCAAUAAAUAUACUAAAUGUAUGUUCGAUAUUAAGAGAUAGUGAGAGCUCAUGGUUUGAACGGCGGGUUUACGAAAGGGCCAAAUGCAUAGGGCGAUACCAUUUUAACUGUGUUGUGUAGAUCUAAGAAAAAUAUUGUGAUUUGAUAAUGGAUUUAAUAAAUAAUAGACGUAUAAUAACUGUUGUCAAUUGACAAGCACAAACAUUUAUCUUCUCUUUUCCUUUCUCAAUAAAUUGAGUUUAAGUUGAGGUCGUGGUGCAAUUUGCCUCGUUAUAAAAUACAAGCAUUAUUUAAUGGACUGUUCAAAAACUGUACGUUAUGAACGAAUUAAGGACUUGAGUGAAAUUAGUGGAUUAAAUAACACUUGGGUGCAAAGUGAUUUUGUAAUGAACUGUUUAUACAGUAAGAGAAUGUUAUUUCGGUCUUUCAUGUCUUGUCAGAAUUUUGAGAUUGGAAGCUAAAAUGAAACUUUUUAUAGUCCUGGUUAUCAAUCAUGUCCUGAUAUUGCAGACUGAAGCUGUGGGAGAGUGCUUUAGUUUUCCAUGUCAAAAUGGCGCAAAUUGUGUUGAAGCGGCAGAAGCAUACAUCUGUUACUGUCAAUAUGGAUGGAUGGGAACAAAUUGUGACAUCACAUCAGGACAAAAUUGUGGCACAAAUCACUAUGCAGCAACAGGCCAAAUUUCAUCACCAAACUACCCGGCUGAUUACGCAGACCGGAGCGCUUGCAUCUAUCUUAUCCGGGUCUCUAAAGCCCAAAAGAUCGUAUUUACGAUAGAACAGUUUAACACCGAAAAAGACAGAGACUUUUACGAAUACGGAGCUGGUGGUACAGCAGACUUCAAUGUUGCCAUUGCACAGUACUCGGGUAAUACGUCCAUACCAAGUGAAGCGCCAUUUACGUUACCAUUCACGUACACUAUUACGGACGACUCUGCAUGGAUUUUAUUUUCUGCAGAUUUUAAUAAUCCACGUAGUGGUUGGACAUUGAGCUAUCGAGCAGAUCUUGAUGAUUGUUUAAGUGCUCCCUGCUUGAAUGGCGCCAUCUGUACUGAUGCUGAAUUUUCUUAUUCCUGUCAGUGUGCCCCUGGCUAUGAAGGCGACAAUUGUGAAACAAAUAUAAAUGAAUGUUCGUCAAGUCCUUGUCAAAAUGGAGCUGGCUGUGUGGAUGGCCUUGCUAUGUAUAGCUGCACCUGUACUCCUGGCUGGACCGGAAUAAACUGCAACAUAGAUAUUAAUGAGUGCAGUAGCAGUCCGUGUUUAAAUGGUGCAACCUGUAACAAUCUGCAGAACAUGUUUACUUGUUCUUGUCUUGCGGGAUACACCGGAACGCUUUGUGAGACAAAUAUUGACGAAUGUCAAAGCCAGCCAUGUCAAAAUAACGGUGCAUGUACCGACAACAUUAACCAGUACACAUGCUCUUGCGUGGGUGGCUGGACUGGGGAUGUAUGUAAUGUUGAUUACGAUGAGUGCUCCAGUACCCCAUGUCAAAAUGGCGCGCAGUGCGCCAAUGGAGUUAAUCGCUAUGAUUGUACCUGCGUGCCAGGUUAUAACGGAAUCAACUGUGAAAAUAACAUCAAUGAGUGUUUGAGUAACCCAUGUCAGAAUUUAGCUGUUUGUAUCGACAACGUUAACAGGUACGAAUGCGACUGUACUGCAAGUUGGACUGGUGCUAACUGUGAAAUUGAUACAAACGAGUGUGCCAGCAAUCCAUGUCAGAAUGGCGGUGCAUGUGUUGACGGAACAAAUCGUUUUGACUGCACGUGUGUACAGGGAUGGUCGGGCACUUUAUGCGAGCAAGGCUAUAACGAAUGCUUCAGCUUCCCGUGCCAAAAUGGUGGCGUCUGUACCGAUGCGAUUAAUGGAUCCUUUUGCACCUGCCAACCAGGAUAUAGUGGCGCACGAUGCGAUGAAGACGUUGAUGAGUGUGCGAGCAAUCCUUGCGUGUAUACGAGUUUCUGUGUGGAUGGAACCAAUGGAUACUCCUGUACUUGUUUAAGUGGAUAUGAAGGUGAACGUUGUGAGGAAGAGCAUUAUGCAUCAACCUACCUGAUACUAGUAUACAUAGUCUUUGUCUGCGUGGUGAUGUGUACAUUAUUUGUCUUCAUCUGCAGGUGGUAUUAUAAAAACCAUAAGAAAACGGAACAUACUACAAAUAUGAACAACAUUCAAACCAGUAGUGCUCCCAACCCACCUAGAGAAAUGUCAGUGGUGGCUAGUUCAGUGUGUAGUGCAAUUCCAACAGCAACGAACACACCAGAUAACACAAGGUCUGCUGUCUCUGCAUCUGAGGAAGGCCAGCAUUGAGUAGAUGGAUUGUACAUACAAUUUAUGCAGGGGUGGUGCACGCGGGAAGGCAGGGACGACGAGGACCCCCGUCAGGGAGAACCAUCCACACCCUUGUCAUGGAGAAAACCUCAAUUUGUUGGGAGAAAAAAAUAUUAUAUGAAAUUUCUUCAUAUUAGUAGACUCUGAAAUCGAUUAAAUAAUCAUUUGAAACCCCUAAAUUGUCUUAUUAUUCAGGAGGCUUGCCUCUGGAUACCUUUUUAAUUUUUAGCAACUGCUGAUCACGUCCAAUUUGUUUUCGUCUGGGACAUCCACCACCUAUCGGGGACAUUGGACCCCCGUAGUGCAAAUCUUGGCGCCACCUCUGAGUUCAAUAUGUAUCAUAUUUCAUAAUGAAUAUGAUGAUGAAAAAAUAAGAUUAUUUAAUUUAAAAAAAAGUAUAUUGUAAAUAUAUUUAGUUAAGAAGUCUAAGUAUACACUAGGGAAAAUGUUAGGUUGGCGAUAAAUUGUUGCUGUUACUUCCUACAGAUAGAAACAAACCAUUUGAAAUAACUUGUAUACAAAACUACAGGGCGCCAUAAGUGAAAUAGAAUCAGGGGUGGAUCCAGAAGUUUUGGUUAGGGGGGGGUGGGGCCUAUAGGUAUAUGUGUAAAGUUCCUCCAAGUGCUGCGGAGACGGGUUUGGGAGGAGGUGUCUCCGUCCGAUAAGAUGGGGUUAAGAGGGGUAGCUGAACGCUUUAGCUAUUAGAUGUA